AUGAGUCCUAAUGCAUACACAGCUUAUAAGCAUGCAGUCAUAGGCCUCACCAAACAAGCAGGGACUGAGAUGGGACGAUAUGGUAUCAGAGUGAAUUGUGUUUCUCCAAGUCCCUUAACCAUUGAUAUUACUUUACAAUUCUUUAGAAAAUCAAAUCCCAUGAAUCCAGAAGAGCUCAAGGCCAAUUGGGAGGCAUUUUGUAACAAGACGGCCAAUUUAAAGAACCAUAUUCUUAAGACACAAGAUAUUGCAGAGGCUGCAAUGUAUUUGGCCAGUGAGGAAUUAAAGUUUGUAAGUGGCCAUAUAUUGGUAGAUGGGGGAACACAGUAG